AUGGGCUUUAACGUGCCGAUAAUCAAUCGCGAUUCAACCGCUGUAGCCGCUUCAUGCAGACAAUGGUCUCAAAUACCAGAGAAUCAAAAGAAAAUGGUGCUAGUAAUCGUGUCCAUUGCUCUACUGUUGGACAACAUGUUGUACAUGGUCAUUGUGCCAAUUAUUCCUAAAUAUCUACGAGAUAUUCACGCAUACGAUGUGGAAUUCGUUGGAUAUCAUAAUGAGACGACCAAGUUGGCGAAUGGAUCGAUUUUGAUAAAGAGCACUGGUGGUCACAUCGAAUAUAUGGACGAAGAUCUGCAACUCGGUUGGCUUUUUGCAUCAAAAGCCUUGCUACAGAUUUUCAUCAAUCCAUUCUCCGGAUAUAUCAUUGAUCGGAUUGGAUAUGAGAUCCCAAUGAUUAUCGGUUUAACAACAAUGUUCUCUUCAACAGCGAUUUUCGCUCUCGGUCGAUCAUACGGAGUGCUAUUUUUCGCUCGAUCUUUACAGGGAUUCGGCUCGGCGUUUGCGGACACAUCCGGCUUGGCAAUGAUCGCUGAUCGAUUUUGUGAGGAAGGCGAGAGAUCGGCGGCUCUUGGAAUCGCGCUCGCUUUCAUUUCUUUUGGAUGUCUGGUUGCCCCACCAUUUGGCUCAGUGCUGUACUCGGUGGCGGGUAAGCCAGUGCCAUUCCUCGUGCUCGCUUUCGUUUGUCUUGCCGACGCGUUUGCCGUCUUUUUCGUCAUUCAACCUAAAGAGCCUAGAGCCAUCAAUAAAUCGACUGGAGAGAAAUUACAAGGCACUCCAAUGUGGCGACUCUUCAUGGAUCCGAUGAUCGCCGUCUGUUCUGGAGCGCUUAUCAUGGCGAAUGUCUCACUGGCUUUUCUUGAGCCGACAAUAACCAAUUGGAUGGAUGAGACAAUGCCCGACACUCCGGAUUGGCUAGUGGGAAUGAUCUGGCUUCCCCCAUUCAUCCCUCAUGUUAUUGGUGUUUAUGUGACGGUGAAGCUAUUGGCUCGAUUCCCCGCCUAUCCGUGGGCGAUAGCUGGCAUUGGGUUAGCGAUGGAGGGAAUCGCAUGUCUAGCUGUGCCCUUCACAAAAACCGUCACUCAACUGAUGCUACCACUGUCAGUGGUAUGCUUUGGGAUUGCCUUGAUCGACACAUCAAUUUUGCCACUGCUAGGUUUCUUGGUGGACACGAGGCAUGUCUCUGUUUAUGGAUCGGUGUACGCAAUCGCGGACAUCUCUUACUCUCUUGCCUAUGCUUUUGGUCCAAUCAUCGCCGGAUGGAUCGUCUCAAAUAUGGGCUUUGUCACUCUCAAUAUCAUCAUUUUUGUCACAAAUGUCGGCUAUUCUCCGAUAUUGACAAUGUUGCGUAAAGUGCAUGGAUUUGAGCAGAUAGCGCAUCGAAAUGAAGUGAUGCACGAGAAAGAUGGAGAAUAUGGGAAAAUCGAUGGCGAGAAUAUCCCAAUCGAGACGAUGAGUGGUGGACAGACAAUGGCCAUCAAUCAACACUAUCAGCCAGAAUAUGGUGGAGUGCAACAGAAUGGAUUUUCGGAAAAGAGCCAACCGUUGGCCUACGAUCCACUCAAUCCACAAUGG